AAAUUAAAUAAAAAAAUAAUAAUUGAAGAUUUUAGGGCUAGCAAGAACCACCACAAAACAUAUUCCAGAAAAAUUCACUAUUUCAAUGCAUUUCUUGCCCUAAUUCUUCUUCAGAGAUCCCCAACACACAAUUCAGAGGUGAAUCCAUCUUUUAAACUUCUCCUGUUUUCCCCUUUUCAAAAAUAUUAGAUAAAACCCACUUUUAAAAUCUUCAAUAAAAUCACUGCAGUUUUAAUACCCAUUUAAUUUUAUGUAAUUUUGAGCAUACCCAUAUGAAAAAGUUUGAAACUUUGUAUCUUAUUGUGCUUGAAAAUUUUUCUUAAAAUUUGUACUGCAAUAGGGCUUAUAUAAAGUUUAUAAACAUAGUUGUAGACUCGUGGGUCGUGGCUCGAAAGCCUAAAUUUCUGACUCGUGAUUCGAUUCGUAAGAGUCAGGAUACUUAGAUAUUAUAUAAAUUAUUAGUAUCAUGGCUGAUGAAUCUUUAGUUGAAAUCCCAGAGCAAUCUUAUGUGAAUUUGACUGACCAUUGUCAUCAGUUUCAACAACAGCCUUUAGAUUUAGGAGAUUCUAUAGAUAUAGCAAAUCAUGGUUUAGUAAUAGGCCAAGAAUUCCCAGAUGUCGAAACAUGUAGACGGGCAUUAAAAGAUAUAGCUAUAGCUUUGCAUUUCGAUCUUCGUAUAGUUAAAUCAGAUCGUAGUCGUUUUAUUGCUAAAUGCUCGAAAGAAGGUUGUCCUUGGCGAGUUCAUGUUGCAAAAUGCCCGAAUGUUUUGACCUUUUCAAUUAGGACACUUCACUCUGAACAUACGUGUGAAGGUGUUAGAAACCUUCAUCAUCAACAAGCGUCUGUUGGUUGGGUUGCAAGAUCUGUUGAGUCACGGAUUAGGGAUAAUCCACAGUAUAAACCAAAGGAAAUUUUGCAAGAUAUUCGUGAUCAACAUGGUGUCGCGGUGUCGUAUAUGCAAGCAUGGCGUGGAAAAGAACGAAGUAUGGCUGCUUUACAUGGGACUUUUGAAGAAGGUUACCAGCUUUUACCGGCUUACUGUGAACAAAUUAGAAAGAGUAAUCCGGGAAGUAUAGCUUUGGUUUAUUCUAGUGGUCAAGAUAAUUGCUUCAAUCGUCUCUUUAUAUCUUACCGUGCAUCAAUAGUUGGGUUUUUAAAUGCAUGUAGACCACUUUUGGAACUCGAUAGAGCUCAUUUGAAAGGGAAAUAUUUGGGUACCCUUAUAUGUGCCUCUGCCAUUGAUGCCGAUGAUGGUCUGUUUCCUUUAGCAUUUGCAGUAGUUGAUGUUGAAAAUGAUGAAAAUUGGAUGUGGUUCAUGUCAGAAUUAAGAAAACUUCUUGGUGCUAACACUGAUAAUAUGCCAAGACUCACAAUAUUAUCUGAACGACAACGAGGCAUGGUGGAAGCAGUUGACACGCAUUUUCCUAGUGCUUUUCACGGGUUCUGUUUGCGUUAUGUGAGUGAAAAUUUCCGUGACACUUUUAAAAGCUCAAAGUUAGUGAACAUCUUUUGGAGUGCCGUUUAUGCUCUUACACCAGUCGAAUUUGAAAGCAAGAUAUCUGAAAUGUUAGAGGUUUCACAAGAUGUGAUUUUAUGGUUCCAAGAGUUCCCACCCCAGCUCUGGGCUGUGGCUUACUUUGAGGGUGUCCGUUAUGGUCACUUCACUUUAGGGGUCACUGAGCUUUUAUAUAACUGGGUUUUAGAAGGUCAUGAACUCCCUAUUGUUCAAUUGAUGGAACAUAUUCGUCAUCAGUUGACUGUAUGGUUUGAUAAUAGAAGGAAUAUGGGGAUGAGAUGGAACUCAAUUGUUGUACCCUCUGCUGAGCAACGGAUUCUUGAAUCUGUUGCUGAUUCACGUUGCUAUCAAGUGUUACGUGCAAAUGAAGUUGAAUUUGAAGUUGUGUCAACUGAAAGAACGAAUAUUGUUGACAUAAGAAGUAGAGUAUGCUCAUGUAAGCGGUGGCAAUUAUAUGGUCUUCCGUGUGCACAUGCUGCAGCUGCCCUUAUAUCGAGUGGAAAAAACGCACAUGUGUUUGCUGAUCAUUGUUUUAAAGUGGAAAGUUAUAGGGAAACAUAUUCACAAAUAAUAUAUCCAGUUCCUGACAGAAGUCUUUGGAAGGAUGUUAAUGAUGACAGUGAGGGUGGUGGUGCAAGGGGUGAAAUGAUAAUCCGACCACCAAAGACACGUAGGCCUCCGGGUCGGCCCAAAAAGAAGGUUCUUAGAAUUGAGAGUUUGAAAAGACCAAAAAGAAUUGUUCAAUGUGGUCGUUGCCAUAUGUUAGGCCAUUCCCAAAAGAAGUGUGCAAUGCCAAUCUGAGGUCAAUAAGCGGUUCUGUUUUAUAAUUUUUUAUUCGUAUCGACUUGUUUUUCUUUUUGAAAGUCGGCAUAGAGUUGUGUAAUUGUAUGGUUAUCAAGUUGCCUAAAAUAAAUUAUUUUUGUCA